AUGGCCAACCUCGGCGCUGACUCCGCAAUGUACGACUUCAACGAGCCAGGCGACUUCGGAAGCGGCCAGGAGCUUGUGCUGGCAGCACAGAGCACGGAACAGAGGUUCAUACUGGAGGGCUCCGUGGACCAGGUGUCCCAGGAACUGUGCAGCAGCUACGGUCUCCCCGGUCCUUUCUCCUCCAGCUACAACUCAUACCCCGGGAACCAGUUCAAUGCUUUCGAUUUCGACAGCGAUCUGCAAAUGCAAGCUCUUCCUAACCAAAAUACAUCCUUCAUAGGACCUCAAUUAGGCGACGCCAUCCUGUACAUGGAACCAGAUCGGCAGUAUCCCACAACUGCCCUCGACCCUAAAUUGACCGGCUACGAGGCUCCCUCUCAGAUACAAGGGUUCAAUCCUUUAGAUACUAAUCAAUAUGGCUGGACCACCACCAUGCAGAACGAAACGAGCGGCUACCAGGCUACGUCUCAGUCCCAGGGUUCAAAUGCAGGCGCCUAUGGCUGGCCCGACCUCGCGCAAGAUGGAUCGAGCGGCUGCCAGGCUACGUCUCAGUCCCAAGGUUCAAAUGCAGGCGCGUAUGGCUGGCCCGACCUCGCGCAAGAUGGAUCGAGCGGCUGCCAGGCUACGUCUCAGUCCCAAGGUUUUAUCCUGGACCCGUAUGGAUGGCCCAGCACUAUGCAGAAUAAAGCGAGCAGCUAUCAGCCUGAUUCUCAGUUCCACGAAUCCAACCAUUGGGAGAUGAACCACAACAUGAACUAUCAAAUGCCAGCUGUUUCUCUUCCCACCUCUCUAGUACCCACGUCUAUGCCACUUAGUCCCAACACAAUCAAUGACGAGCAUCAGACCCGGAUAAGCGAUCCCCCGAAAGCUCCUGAGACUAUCUAUGAGCACGUCGAGUUCUAUCAUGACACCACUAUAGCCUUCUACCAGAAAGCAAUUUACGGGAAUGGUGACCUCCCGGUCGAAGAGUAUGAACGCACAUGUUAUUCGGCUGCCGAUAAUCUUGUCCGCAUAGAGAAUCUGAACAUGGCACGGUGCAAGCCGCCUCCCGGUGCUACUCGAAGUAUCGCCAUGAUGCUUGAUACUGUCCUAAAAGCUUACCAUAUGGAGCAAGAAGAGAUGGCCCCUGGGGCGGAGAUACCGCCGCUACGAACCCUAGAGGGUUACGCUGACAAAGCUGUCACGCAUCGGAAAUGUGCGGGACUCCUGUUGAAAUGGGUAAAGCGGGAGCGCCAGAUACGUGUACAGAAAGGCACGUCCGCUUCAUUGCGAGGCGCUCAGGGCCAAUCACUCCCGGCACGUCCUAUUCCUUCGAACAGUGAUCAGGCAUUGCAACCCAUUUCUCAGGACAGUAUGGAUACAUCUGGGACACAACAGCAGCUUUCGUAUAAUCAAUCUGCAGACGGUGACUCAGCCGUCGAGCAGAUCCCAAGACUUGUUGACCCCCUAGCGCCGAGAGGCGGCCAGUCGGUUGCGAUGUCCCAAGCCAGGAUGAAGGCCAUGAUCUCUCAGGAGAAACAUCUACGUGGAAAGCGUACGAACCUGGAUGAGCGGUGCGCGAACAUCUAUCAUGCACACGAGCGUCGGCGUGAGGAUAUGAAACAUCUACUCGAGCAACCAAGCAGGGGUCUGAACUUGGACCCCACCAUCGCAUGUUCCCAGGUCGACGAUCACACCUCAAUGGAUACGAACAGCAAAUUUUCCAACAAGAACCAUCCUCGUGGCCAGAAUAAACGUCAUAGAUCUCCUUCAGGGUCUUCAGCUGUCAAACGCCGUCAGACCUCUGUGAUAUCCCUCACUGGCGAAUAA